ACGCCCCUCCCUCCCCCCUCAGUCCCACCCUGGUCUCUGACCAGGCAGCAGCCCUGGACAACCCUGGACACGGCACACACAGCCCACAACCUGGGCUCACAGGGAGACAAAAGGCACCGCCUGUGUGCCCACGGCUAUGGCCGGCACCUUCAUACCGGGGCUGAACCCUCAGAAGCCUCAUUAUAUCCCAGGGUACUCUGGACACUGCCCACUACUUCGGUUCAGCAUGGGCCAGACCUACGGGCAGGUGACGGGUCGGCUGCUCAGAGGUUCUCCUGGCCGAGCCUGGCCCCCUGCCCGCCGCUCACUUCUGCCUCCCAUUCAGCCUCCGCGAGCUCCCGAGGUUCCCAGGGGCAGCCUGCCUGCCAGGCGUGGCCACGAGAGGCUCAGCAUGCUCAGCAUGGUCCCCGGGUACACAGGUUUUGUGCCCCGGGCACAGUUCAUCUUUGCAAAGAACUGCAGCCAGAUCUGGGCCGAGGCCGUGAGUGACUUUGCUCAGAGGUCCGGAGGGGAAGGGAGUCAAGAAGCCAAGGGAGAAAGAGAUGCAGAGAGAGACCAAGAGCCUGAGCUGGAGGUGGAGGAAGAGCCUGCGCUGGGGCAGGAGGCAGAACAACAGGCCUCCCCCUACUCCAUGGAUGACAAAGAUCCUCAAAAGUUCUUCAUGUCAGGCUUCACGGGCUAUGUGCCCCGCGCCCGCUUCCUCUUCGGCUCCAGCUUCCCUGUGCUCACCAGCCAGGCGCUGCAGGAAUUCGGGCAGAUGCACGCCCAGGGCCAGCCCCAGGACCCCAGACAUCUCCCGCCACCGCCCAGGAACUACCCUCACAACCUGGGCCUCUUACCUCACUAUGGGGGCUAUGUGCCAGGGUAUAAGUUCCAGUUCGGCCGCACAUACGGGCAUCUCACCCAAGAUGCUCUGGGGCUCAGCACCGUCCAGAAGCAGCUGCUGGUGGAGGACAUCAAGCCCUCUCUUCCACUUCCAGCCCAUCUCAGCCACCCUUCUGGGCAGAACAAAGGUGGAUUGGAGGUGAGGGAAGGUACACAGAGAAAACUCUUUGGAGGCUGAGCACCUUUUUUAUUAAUAGGUGUAAUAAAUAAAUAAAUAAAUACAUGAACAGCA